AUGAAGAAAGCAGGACAGGGCAAAUCGUCAGACGCGCACAGGAGCGUCAACCAAGAGAGGCUGGCCUACGUGAUGUGUUGCCUCGUAGGGAACGAGGUAAACGUAUAUAUGAAGGAUGGAAACGAAGUUAAAGGAUUAUUUCACGCAUAUAAUUAUGCAAAUAAAGGAGAACAAAAACAAGGUGAUAUUUCCUUAAAUUAUGCUAGGGUUCAGCCUAAGAAGGAGAGAGUUAGCGGCCCAAUAAACAAAGCAAUGAUCAUUCCGGAAAAUAUGUAUAACAUUAUUGUUGGGAAAAAUAUGAACCUAGAAUUGAAAGACCCAGAUGGGGUACAACAUAUAAAAGGGCGAUUUCAAAUUGAUACAGAUAUUUCGGAAAAAAAAAAAAAAUAUAAUUUUAAUAGUGCCAAUAGAGAGUUGAAGAGGUGGGUAUGUGAAGGUCCAUUUUACGAUGAAAAUAAAUUAACGUUAGAUGAUAACAUGAAGGAACCAUGGGAUCAAUUCGAACACAACAGGACGUUGUAUGGGGUCACAACAACCUAUAAAGAAGAAUUGUACACCACAAAUUUAGACAUGAACAAAAUUCCACAGCAUGUAAAAAUGCACGCAGAUAAAAUUGCCAAGGAGUUAGAAAACAGAGGAAUGCACCUCGACCCCGAGGAUGCAGAAAGGGACAAUAAAGAAUUGGACGAAGAAGAUUUAUUUGGAGCCGUUAGACAAAAUAAAGAUAAGUUCGGAAAUUUUUUCAAAGGCAAAAGGGAGGAAGGAAAAAGCAGCCAACCACAUAGUAGGUUUAACCAGUUCGCCCUCAGGGACUUGAAGGAGAAAAUCCGAUCAGUCAAAAUGGACAACGAGAAAAAAUAUCCAACCAACAAGCAGAAAAAAAUAAAUUUCACUGUAUCGGCAAGUGGGGAAGACGUUGAAAGCAGCGAGAAAAAUAAUGAUUCAUCAAAGAAGGAAGAAGGAAAAAGCUCAGAGUGUAUUGGAAUCAAUGCCCUAAAUUUGGAACCAGCUUUGCCAAGACUUGAUGAAAAAACCCGAACGGAAUGGAUCAUGUUCAAGAAUAAAGCAAAUAAUAAAAUUGUCAACAAAAAGGACAAAUCAACGGAGAAACAAGAAUUUAUAACAGCAGCAAAGGAGUUUAAUGAAAAAUUAGCCAACAAAAUGAGUACACACACGCAGGAAUCGAAGAACGAAGGAAACCUGGACCAGCUGGAGAUGGACAACCCGCCAUCAGAGCUGCAGACAACUGAGUCAAACAUUACAGAUAACAUAAACAAUGACAACGUCGACGAGACAGAUGAGAAUAUAGCUCCCCAAAACGAAAACGCGAGAGUACAGGACAACACUGUAAAUUUGAGCAACUCGAGCCUGCGCCCAUACGAUGCCUAUGUUUUAAACUUUAACAACUGUAGUAACCUGAACAAUUUUAACAACCAGAGUAGCUUGAGCAACAUGAGUAACCUGAACAGCGUUAGCAAUAUGAAUGAUCUACAUGAUUUUAAUUAUGCUAAGCAAUUUAAUAUGAAGCAUGGUAUGAUGGGCCACAACUUGGAGUACCGCCCCAUGGUCGCCCAACUACCCAACACGCCAACACAGAUGUACCCUACGUCAGAUGUGUAUAUGCGAAAAAAUGUCGGAACGAGACCUGUAUAUCAAAAUUUGGACAUGCUGGUGAACAAGUUUCAUAACAAUGUCAACCACCACCACAAGUACCCAUCAUAUAAGAAGUACCAGAAGGAGUUCCACCCCUUUCCGACUCGAACAUUUGCGCCGAAGAAAAACUUCGACUCCCUUAUGAACAACACCUUGAAGAACUCCAAAAUGGAGAACUGCGUAAAGAGCCCCAUCCAUUUCAGAAACAACAAGCAGUAUAGCUACAAAAACGUUUUCGGAGGACCUCCAGCGCAUGCACCUGUGCACAUAUACAAGGAGGGAAAUCAUUUCCCAAGAAACAUACCAGUACAGCCGAACGUGUCAGGCAUUCUGGUAAAUGUCCCUGUGAUACCUGUUGUCCACCCAACAGUUAAUGGACCAUUUGUAGAUAACCACCCUCCAUAUUAUACCCCCUAUGUCAGAGGGCACUACGCGAAUUAUUCAAUUCCUCCCAGUGGAACUGGUGCAUACUAUUAUAACAUCCCUGUAUCCAGUAUGGAUAGUAAUUAUUCUCCAAAUAAAAACAUGAAUUUGUUUACAGCGGGAAAUCCGCAUGGUACAAAUUUGCAUGUACAAUCUCCACAAGUACCAAACGUGCAUGUGCAGACUCCGCAGUUGCCAAAUUUGCAUGCGCAAGAUUCACACAUGAACAUGCCCUUAACGCCAUAUAUACCCCCAACCGUCAACUACGGCGUUAACAGCAGCAAUCCACUGAACAUGAUGAAUAAUUCCACGGUGCCAAAUCCAAACAUUAACAUCCCUCCGUAUCCCCCAGAAUAUGUUGUUGUGAAUACCCCGAAAUAUCCGAGCACACAGACAGUUCCCAUGCCUGUGUAUCCACAGUACCAGUACCAAAAUUAUUAUCCAUCGUCAUCGCCCCAUGGGAUGAAGAAUUCAUAA